AUGCGAGUAAAAGUUGUAUUAAUAGGUGAUUCUUCUGUCGGAAAGACAAGUAUUUUAAUGAAAGCAUCAAGAGGAACGUUUUCAUCAGACACUAAGCCAACAGUUGGCGCUGCAAAUGCUGUUUUAGAUAUUCAAGUCAAUGAACAAACAGUAUCUCUAAAUAUUUGGGAUACUGCAGGACAAGAAAAGUAUAGAAGCUUAACAUCAAUGUAUUUUAAUGCAGCAGGACUCGCAAUAGUAGUAUUUGAUUUAACAAAUAUGGCAUCAUUCACGGUAAUUCCAAACUUUUUAUCUUUAUUACGCGAACGAGCUGGUGUAAAUGUUAAAUUCGUUUUAGUUGGGAACAAAUCAGAUUUAUCAAAUCGUCAAGUCACAUACGAAAAAGCAACAGAAUUCGCUCAAGAGAACAAUGCUGAAUUUUACAUAGAAACAUCUGCAUUAUCAGGCCAUCGCAUUGAAGAAUUAUUUCAGAGAUGCGCUUCUCUUUCAUUGCCAGCACUUAAUACCAAAUCACUAAGCCAACCAGUAGUAGAAAAGAUCAAUUCAUCAGAUCAAAACUCUUCUUGCUGUUAA